UCCGCAAAGCCCGCAGUGGAGCGGAGUGGAGUAGCAGCGGUUACUGCUCGAGUCCUCGAAGGAAUAUAGUUCACAUUCCGGUCCCUCCCUCUCGCUGCUUGCUCCACCGAGUUGGUGCAGCGAUAGGUUACGGACAGGUCUGAGCGGGGGGAAGGGGUUUGAGGCAUCGAUCCCAUGGAGAAGAAGCAAGGGUUCUUCUCGGCGCUGGAGGGGGUGGUGCGAGGGCUGUCGCCGGCGCGGUCGAGGGCCAAGAGUCCUGCGCCGAGGAGCCAGUCGCCGUCGGCGGCGCUGCUGCUCCUCCCGCGGCGUAGGAAGGGGCACAGUGGCGGGGGGCACCAGCACCAGGAGCUGGCGCAGGUGCCGGAGGCGCCGGUGAUCGCGAGAUCCGCGAGCUUCCGGCCCGUCGGGGAGGCCCUGGCGCCGCUCAUGGAGGGCCCCGACGGCGACGCGCCGGAGGAGGGCGGAGGGCCGCGGAGGGAAGGGUGGGGCCACUGGGUCCGCGGCCAGCUCUCCCGGGCGCCCUCCGUCACGCAUUCCUCGUCCUCCUCCGCUUCCGCCGCCGCCAACGGUUCCUGCUCAUUCCGCGGCUCUGACCUCCGCCUUCUGCUCGGGGUCAUGGGGGCGCCGCUCGCCCCCAUUCACGUCGGCACCGCCGACCCUCUUCCCCAUCUAAGCAUCAAGGACACUCCCAUUGAAACUUCAUCAGCUCAGUACAUCCUGCAGCAGUACACGGCCGCAUCGGGCGGUCUGAAGUUGCAUAGCUCCAUUCGCAACGCUUACGCCAUGGGCAAGGUGAGGAUGGUGGCAUCGGAGUUCGAGACGGCGACCAAGGUGGUGAAGAACCGCGGUGGCUCCACGCGUGCCGCCGAGUCCGGCAGCUUCGUCCUCUGGCAGAUGGCCCCCGACAUGUGGUACGUGGAGCUUGCUGUCGGCGGCAGCAAAGUCCACGCCGGUUCCAAUGGGAAGCUCGUCUGGCGGCACACCCCCUGGCUCGGUGCGCACGCCGCCAAGGGCCCCGUCCGCCCUCUUCGCCGCGCCCUUCAGGGCCUCGAUCCGCUGACCACGGCGAGCAUGUUUGCCAGCGCGCGUUGCAUCGGGGAGAAAAAGGUGAAUGGGGAGGAUUGCUUCAUCCUCAAGCUAUGCGCGGAUCCGCAGACGCUGCGAGCCCGGAGCGAAGGCCCGGCCGAGAUCAUUCGGCACGUCCUGUUCGGCUACUUCAGCCAGCGAACAGGGCUCAUGGUGCACAUGGAGGACUCGCACCUGACGCGAAUCCAGCCGAACGCCGGCGGCGAUGCGGUCUACUGGGAGACCACUAUCAACUCCUUCCUGGACGACUACCGCCCCGUGGAAGGUAUCAUGAUCGCCCAUUCGGGGCGCUCGGUGGUGACUCUUUUCAGGUUCGGCGAGGAGGCGAUGAGCCACACCAAGACGAGGAUGGAGGAGGCGUGGACCAUCGAGGAGGUGGCCUUCAACGUCCCCGGCCUCUCCGUCGACUGCUUCAUCCCUCCUGCUGAGAUAAGAUGCGGUUCCAUCGGCGGGACCUGUGAAAUGCCGCAAGCCGAAAGGAGCAGGGCCAGCGUCGGCAACCGGGUGAAGGUCGCGGCGGAGAAACGACAAGCCGCCGGCGACAACAAAAUCGUGUGGAGACUCGAAGUGCCUCAACGCAAACAAGGAGGAGAUCGAAUUGUCCAUACCGCUAGUUUCUGUGCUAAGUGACUGACCGACCAUGAACUAUGGGUUACCGGAUACUAAUUUCUUGUGUUAUCCUCUGUACAUAGGAGCAUAAUUGUUCUCAGGUCUCAAAUAUCACAGGCCUGAAUGAAUCUUUAUACUCUGAAUGCAGAAGGGUAUUGGUAAAGCAUUGGUUAGAGCCUAGACUUAGACUUGGGGGAAGAGAGAAAGAGAGAGAGAAGCUUCUUUCUUCUUUCUUCUACAAGCUUUGCUUCCUUUCCCUGUCACUUUAGAUCAUCACCACCUUAGUUGCUGAACAGUUGAGUCGUAAUGUGUGUUCAAGUCUAUUCAUGAAGCUCGUCAGAGUGUAAGGAUGAGCAAGAAAUUGAUGCCUGCUCCAGUGGCAAGAGUUGGUGUCAUGUAGAACCAGCUAGAUGAGAUAUUUAAUGCAUACAUGUAGCUCUUUUUCCCGUCA